GAUCUCAUCCCCGAAAUUGCGAUCACCAAGCUACUAUGUACCUCCUUGGCUGUCUGUACUCUUAAUCUGCGGCUACUUAGGUAUUGUAAACAUAAUCAAGAAGAUAGGUAUGCUGACCCGUGCGACGAUAUGACGGCGCAAAGCUAUGAAGAGUUAAUAAAGUCCCUAUGCGCAAGCGACCUGCGGAUGAAAAGGUCGAUUCUGAAUAAGCCGGCCAAAGCUUGGAAGCCGUGGUCCCGGGCCCAGGUCCGAGUUGUCGCACUCCACUUCAACCCGGACGCGUCCGUUAGCUCGACUAUCGAGUAUACGGAUGCAUCUACUCUCGCAGCCGGUCUCACACGAGAGAUAGCGCCGAGAAAACCUUUAUCGCGAUCUGUGUACUUGCUCGAAGGGCUCUCCGGAGAGUUCGUCCGUGUUCUCGGGGACCAUUUCCAGCUGCAUCCCUCGGUAUUUGUGGACCACGAGAGGCUAACGCCUCUUAGCGACCGGCAGACCGGAGAGAAAGGAGGCAUCCCAUUCUUACCAUCCGCGAUCUGCGGGAGAGACCAUGUCUCCCUCAAAUAUCAUGAACCGCUAGUUCUUUCGCAGCGUCCCACCGGCUUUCGCUGUCUUUGCGACACAUCCGGGCGGCAUGUUGCUAUAACAAGACUCAUGGGCGAGAUCUCAAAAGUUGGCAUUAGUAGGCGCAAGUGUACAUUCUGGAGCCGAUGUAUGCCCUUGGGUGGCUGGAGAUGCCUCAUCAUAUGCGAUCCCCCUAUCCGCCGGAUAUUAACAGACCAUACCGGUCGGUCGGGAUUCAACGUGGUCACGAGUCCUUUCAACUCCGGAUAUAUGGAUUUCGUGCCACUAUCAAAUCAAAUGAAGGCACUGUCUGGGCCUCCCAGUACUUCCAUGAUGGAAGAUUUAUUAUUCUAUUUAGAGAAUCACUCCGACACAUUAAACCUCGAUCACCCUAAGUCCGUACGCGUCUUCGUCGAGAAGAUUAUCGCCAGCCACUUCCUCAAGCUGGCCGAAUUCUUGCAGUCGAACACUGAAGUCGUGUUAUGGCAUCUGUCGAGGAGAAGCGAUCUAACACACUUCGGCGUCUCCAUAGCCGAGGAGCUCUGGAGCGAUGUGCAGUCAUGGAAGCGUCGCGUUGCCGAGUACCAGGACGACCUGGAGGGGACUAUGUUGCAACUUGGUGUUCCUCUUAGCUGCUCCCCCGAUACCCGCGGCAUCAAGAGUUGGACUGACAGCGACGCUGACUUCCGGCACCUAUUACAUCGCUUUCGUCAAAUCGAGAAGCGUGUAAAUGAAUUAGGCAAUGCUAUAAACACAUUGGCGACCCUUGCAGGUAACCGUGUCUCUUAUAGGACAGGAGAACUGUCACUCCAGGAAGCAGAGCGAGCAGGUCGAGAAGCCAGAAGCGUCAAGGCACUUACCGUUCUUGGAAUUGUAUUCCUCCCUUUGUUGUUCUCGGCUUCUCUGUUUAGCAUGGCAGAUUCCUACCUCCCAGGGAACUCCCAAUUUUGGGUUUACUUCGCGCUCUCACUCCCUUUACUUGGCUUUGUGAUCAUUUUGUUCUCCAUUAUAGAGCUCGGAUACCUCGAUGGUGAAACGUCGUGGUCGUUGAAGUCGGUGAUAGAAAACAGCAAGCAGAAUUUAAUUUGGAGGAAGAUGAGGAAUAAGACAUUAUAGUCGAUCGAACAAUUUAUGGAUUUAAUAUUUAAAUAUCCAACAAUAUUCUUCUUGAGGUACUAGCAGAC